AUCCUAGCAGACUUAAUUGACAAUUCCAUUGCAAUUUGCAGGCAGUGUGGUCUAAUGGCAACGACGAAAGGAAACUGAUAAAUGUUGAUUCUUUACGAGGAUAAAGUUUCUGUAUUUGCUACUGGCCUUGGAAUGGAUGGAAGUGACGAGAAUUCGAUAGUGAAGUGGAUCUUGCUGGGACCUGUCAUGUACUCGUGUUACUCAUCUGCAGACAUUUCUUGGUUAGUUUUAAGGAGAUGUUGAUCACACUAUAGUGACUGUACAUGAUUCGAACAAGCCUGGCAGAGGACAUCAUUUUGUUGAUUAGACUAUCGAGAUCAACAUGUACAAAACAUGAUACCAUUUCUGAUCUCCGAGCCUCAGAACAGCUGAAUUUGAAAGAUAUAUGCUUCUCAAUCAGUUUCUGAUGCUGUAAAGCCUGUGACAAGCAGGAAGAGGUCUGCAUUGCGAGACUCAGAGGUUACUGUUCCGUAUGUUGAGGAGUGUGAUUUUGCAUCUCCCAUCCAAACUCAAAAUAUGGAGCAUGGACCUCAAUCGUCAGAUGGGAAAUUCGCAUCUGGGAAUUUGUCCACUUCUAUUGAGUCAAAGUUGCCAAAGAAGCAGGCUUCAGGCUGACCUUACACAAACUCCAAACAAGCAGUCUGAUCCAAGUUACAGGCUUUAUGGUGACAUUUUCAAUUCUCCAGCAGGGAUGAUCCCUUUUGCUGAUACUUGUACACCUGACCGGUGCAAUAUUUGUAGGAGGGAGGACCUGGCUCAGAGGACUUUGAGGUAGAAUUAACUGCAAGAGUUGUGCAAUAUGUACCAUUAUGGUUCAGCUGUUAAAGAUCAAGAAGAGUGCUUGAAAUUGUGUGUUCUGCGCGAAAUUGGAAAAGACUUGACACAACUACAAGAACGAGGUGGUGCUGGAAAAAAAGAAGAGAAUGUUGAUUCAGCAGCUUCCGUAUAUGGCAUUGUUUUCAGGAAAUUGAUUAUUAGAGUAUCGGCACCCUGAGUUCAUGGACGAUGUGGUUGGCCUAGUUGCCCUUCUUGCAACAGCUUCCACACCUACGCUUGGAAAGUGAGCGCGGUGCAUUUUCCUACUAUCGCUCAAGAUUGUGGAUUGGUUGUCUCUUCGAGGGAGGUCAUAAUGAGAUUGAGAAAAAGAAAUUGGAGUUAUGCUUAGUGGAGAAAGUAAUCGUGCAUGCAAAUGAAAAAAGCUCUUUUCUGAGAACAGGCAGUACUGUUAUCACACAAUCAUCCAAGAGAAGUCCUAUGGCUCUCAUGAUCUUUCUGACGCAACAAAUAGAGUAAAAGUUGGAUGAAAAGAUUAGCUGAUGUAAACAUCAACGCCACUCAAAGAACAAAGCAUAGAUUACAGUAGAAAUUAUAUUUUUCAAAAGUUCUUUCUACGGGGCUGGUGCCUGAUUCUCCCAAGAACUUGGCCCAAGCUCUGGAACCGAUGGGAAGUCCAUGCGAUGAGGCUGUGGAAUGAAUGGGAGAUUCGGGCUCUGGUUCUUAUAAGCCUUUGCUUGCAGUUAAUACUUAUUUGGUUAGGCAAGCAGAGGAAGCGUGACCGACGAAAGCGGAUAAGGUAUACCCUUUGGCUUGCUUACUUAUCUGCUGAUUGGGUUGCUACUGUUGCUCUUGGCAGUCUGUCUAACGCUAACCAACAAGGUGAUGACACAGUCAAUUCCAGCAACAUACUGAAAGCAUUGUGGGCACCGAUUCUUCUCUUGCACCUUGGCGGCCCCGACACUAUUACUGCUUAUUCCAUGGAAGACAAUGCAUUAUGGUUGCGACACUUGCUGGGACUGUUAGUCCAGGUAUUAGUAGCAUUUUACAUCUUUGUUAAGUCUCUAAGACUCACACAGCUCAACUAUGUCGCUAUCCCAAUGUUUGUCUCUGGAAUCAUCAAAUAUGGAGAGAGGACCUGGGCUUUGAGGUCUGCAAGCAGUGACCACUUCAGGGACUCAUUACUUCCACGUCCAGAUCCAGGCCCCAAUUAUGCUAAAUUCAUGGAAGAGUAUGUUUUGAGAGAAGCUGAAGGGUAUAACAUCCAAUGGACGAAAAUGAAGGAUCCCAAGGUGGUAAUCCGUAGCUUAGUGACUGAUGGUGCUAAAGACUGCCAUAUUGAAGCAGCUUCUACUCCCAGAAGAGCUUAUGAGUACUUCCAGAUAUACAAGUGCCUCUUUGCUGACCUCAUCCUUGGCUUUCAAGAACUUGAGAUGAGCAAAUCAUUUUUCCUACACGGUGAUUGGAAAAAGGCUUUUAGUGUCAUUGAAAUGGAGCUUGCUUUUGUCUUUGAUUCGUUUUACACAAAAUCUGCCAUACACUACACUAGAUGGGGUCGCAUAUUGCGGUCUCUCACUCUCUUAUCCACUUUUGCCACAUUAGCAGCCUAUUACUUCUCACAAAAGCACCAGUAUUCUCGAGUUGAUGUGAUCAUUACUUACAUUUUGCUGGUUGGAGCUGUUUCUCUUGAGAUUCUUGGUAUGAUUGGGUGGCUUUGCUCGGAUUGGGCCUUGAUAUGGUUGGAUCAUCAUGAGAAGAUUCCAGUUAAGCAAAUCUAUAAGGCCAUCUCAUUCCUGAAACUUUUCGGUAGUGAGAGUAAGUGGUCUAACCAGAUGAUGCAGUACAAUCUGAUCAGCUCUUGUUUUGAAGUGGAGUCAACUAAAUCAUGCCUAUUUUUGCCCUGCUAUAUCUAUCAUAAAUUCAAACUGAAGACAGAAGCAGAGCCAACUGAAAGAGUUCCAGACCUGCUGAAGAAGUACAUAUUCGAACAACUUCUUGAGCAUACAUCAGACUCCAAGGAAGAUAGGACAUUUUGUACUUCCAGAGGUUCAUGGGUAUUGGACAGGUAUCAAUCACAAGAUCUUAACUGGAGUGUCGAGAAAGAAUUUGAUCAAAGCAUUCUUCUUUGGCAUAUUGCCACUGAUUUAUGCUAUCACAGAGAUGAAAACUUGGAACCUCAGUCAGUUGCCUAUGUUGUAUGUCAUGUGAGCAAACUAUUAUCAAAUUAUAUAUUGUACCUACUUGUGAAACAGCCAUUUAUGUUGCCAAAUGGAAUAGGGAAAAUCAGAUUUCAGGAUACCUUUGCAGAGGCAAAGGAUUUUAUUCAGGAAAGAUCCAUAGAGGAUGCAAAUACAGCUCGGCAAAGGUUGCUUAACAUAAAAACUAUCAUACUGCCAGGUGAUGUCAAAGGAGAUAGAAGCAAGUCAGUCUUGUUUGACGCUUGUCGCCUGGCAAAAUAUUUACAAAAUAGAGAGCGGAAAUGGCAGAUUAUAGUUGGUGUAUGGGUGGAAAUGCUGGUGUAUGCUGCAAGCCAAUGCAGGUCGAAUCACCAUGCUCAACAGCUAGCUCAAGGAGGGGAGCUUUUAACUCAUGUAUGGCUUCUGCUAGCACAUGUGGGGUUAAGUGAACAUUUCCGUAUAUCAGAAGGUCAUGCUCGAGUCGUGUUAGAUGUGAGAUGAAAUGUGUACUUCGAAGAGGUUGUUAAUUGUUAUACCUGUAGAAUCUGCUGCACUUCAUAUGGAUAUAUAUUUAUUGUCAACUCUGGAAAGGAUUGCUGCCGGCAAUGUCAUUCUUUGUUGUUAGUCCCGAUCAUAUGAGAUUGAGAUCUUAUCGAGAAUUAUUAUUCAGUAAAAGCAGCAAAAUGACAAUUGAUCUAGUUAUAUUAUCUUAAAGCUAUACUGGUCUUACAUCUUGUUCCUAGGUAGCAAUUAGAUUGAAAAUUUGUAAAGAAAUAAUGGUAAAGAAAUUUUUAGUAAUUACAUGAUGCUUUUCUUUGACGAAGAUGACAGCCAGAACUAAUGGAGCAUAUUGACUCCUAAAUGCAUCAUACGUAGGUAUAUAUGGCAUAAUCAUGAGCGCGAAGCCUCUGAAAUGCCAAGAUGGCCCCUUGACAUCAUGUAGUGGAGAGUGGAGAAUCAACCAUCAAGGUCUCUCACACCAUUUAAUAAAAAGUUCAUGCAGCAGGUGAAGUUCAUAAUAGGAGUACAACAAUUUUGGGUCAAAAUUUCAGGUAAGUGGUAGGAGCAAUAGUAGCAAAAACAACAAAAUCAGUUGAUUGAGCAUGUUUUGGAUUUCAGAGAUUUCAAUAAGAUGCUUAGAGUUGGUUGGUUCAUGGUUGUCAACUUGUUGUACUAGAGCUUCAAGUUCAAUCAGGAGUAUCAGAGAAGAGUCUGCAAUCUGCAACACUUGGUCAGGCCAUGCUGCGUUAUGCAUACAUAUGGAGGUUGAUGUCUUAUUUGAACAUUUUCCUCUUGCAGAUACCAAAUCUUUAUCAAAGUUUAACGAACAAGAAAGAGGAAACUGAAGCUGAAGGUGGCAGAGGUGAAGCUAUAGGUGAUCCAAUAUUCUGAAUGAUUCUCUUUGAUAAAGAUGAAAUACAACCACGGCAAUGUGAAAAUACUGUAAGAGCUCUUACACGCGGAUAUUAUUGUUUUUUUUUUGUUACAAUCACAUAUAGAGCAAGUCUAGAAAGCCAAAAUGGGUGCUUGUAUUUUGAUUUUGAUUUUGAUUUGGAUCGCCCAAUUUGUAGCACUAGCUCAACAGUAUUUACAGAAGUAACAAAUACAGUGUGCAGUUGAUUUGGCAUUCUUAGAUUUCCCUGCCUCUUGCCCUGUUAUGUCUCCGUCUCGGAUUGAGAAGGAUUUCUCUAGCUUGCUGUAACUCCCUUAUGGCAACACUUAUUUCCAUUCGUUUGCUUGGGAAUUGAUUAGAGCAUGCCACUCCAAUCUUCACAACAGAGAUCAUGCACUCAUCUCUUUUUUGAAGUGUUGCCUGGUUUAUUGGUUCAUUGUUGUCUGGCUCUUCAUUUUCAGGCUCUAGAAGUGUUGUCUCUACAAUUUGCAACACUUUGUCUGGCAAUGCUCCCUUUGCAUACAUAUGGAGGUUGAAGUCUUCCUUGAACAUAUUGUCUGUAGGUCUCUUUCUUGUCAUAAGCUCCAACAACAAGAUUCCGAAACUGUAGAGAUCAGCUUCAGGGGAAACUUCACCUCCCAACCCGUACUCUAAAGAGAAAGAAGUUUCAUCAAAAUUUGAGAAUAACAGUAGAAUAUUUUUGCCUACAUAUACAUGCUUGUAAUAUAUUUUCAAAAGUAGAUAGGUAUAUUAGGGAGGUAAUGGUUAUAAUGAUCUAAGCUAGUAAUAGAAAUGUCCAGGAGCUUCAGCUUACACUAGAAUGUACUUAGAAUUGUAAUGAUCUCAUGAAGAGAAUUCUAUGUCCAGAAAAUAUUGCAAGAAAUAUAAUUAUAAUUUAGUUCAA